AUGGGUGUCAAUAUUGAAGUUCUCCAACAGGGUAACGGUGUUAAGCCACCACAAGGUGACAUCGUCACAGUACACUAUACUGGAAAACUAGAAGAUGGAACCGUUUUCGAUACUUCCUAUAAGCGUGGAGUUCCCUACGAAUUUGUUCUUGGUAGAAAUAGUGUUGGAGAAACUUCUAUACUUACAAUCAGCCCAGUUUAUAGAUUAAACUCUGCUCUAUCUAUAUCUAACUCAAGUUUAUCAUCUAUAAAAAAACUAAAUAUAACAAAUACAGAUUUUGGUUAUGGUGAGAGUGGAUUCGGAGGUAUCAUUCCAGCAAACAGCACAUUAAUAUUUGAAGUUAAAUUACUUGAAUUUAGACCACUCAAUAACUAUUAG